UCUUCGUCUUCUUCUACCUGCAAAACCUUGCGACAUUUCAGCUGCCUGAAAACAACUCCUUUUUUGCAGUAUUAAACGCUACCCCAUUAAAUCCUACUACUUUGCACUUCCAUAUUUUCAUUGUCCUCUCUCUUUCUCACUAUUUUUCUCUCUCUCACACACUUAUUCCUUUCCUUCCCUAUUCUCUCUCUAGUCUCUUCCUUUCCUCGUUGUUUCUGAGCUUUACUGUGUCGAGAUCUACUGGACUGGUUAUCUUUAAAAAACUGGUCUUUGUCUUCCUUUUAUGUGAGAGAUUUCAUGGCUUGAAAAGUGGGUUUCGUGUCCAUUAACUCAUACCCAUAGUUCCUUAUCCUCUCUCUCUCUUUCUCUUUCUCUCUCUCUUCUUCUCCUGUGAGUUCUGUUUAUCGAUCUACUAGUACAAGUAGUCUUCCUGAAAAAGCGGUUGUUACAUUGCAUCGGUUGAUGAGAUUGAACUCGUGAUGGGCUUGGAUGAUGAGUCAGGAAGCUCGCUGCCUUCUGGUACGGAUGCGAAAAAGAGGAAGGUUUCUUAUUUUUAUGACUCAGAAAUUGGUAAUUACUAUUACAGUCAAGGUCACCCCAUGAAGCCCCACAGGAUAAGAAUGGCUCAUAAUCUUGUGCUUAAUUAUGGCUUGCUUGAAUGCAUGGAGGUUUGCAAACCCAACUUGCUAGAGAGCAAUGAAUUUAGGGUUUUUCAUGCCGACGACUAUAUCUCGUUCUUGCAAUCUGUUACACCAGAGACUCAGCAUGAGCAGCUAAGGCAGUUAAAGAGGUUUAAUGUUGGGGAGGAUUGCCCUGUUUUCGAUGGUCUGUACAGUUUUUGCCAGACCUAUGCGGGGGGCUCUGUAGGGGCAGCUGUUAAACUCAACAAUAAGGAAUCUGAUAUUUCUAUUAAUUGGUCUGGUGGCUUGCACCAUGCCAAAAAGUGUGAAGCUUCUGGUUUCUGCUAUGUCAAUGAUAUUGUACUUGCCAUACUUGAACUCCUCAAAUGGCAUCAGCGUGUACUCUACAUCGAUAUUGAUAUUCAUCAUGGUGAUGGGGUGGAAGAGGCCUUUUACACCACAGACCGUGUUAUGACUGUAUCUUUUCAUAAAUUUGGUGACUAUUUUCCUGGCACGGGUCACCUUAAAGAUGUAGGAUAUGGGAAAGGGAAGUGCUACUCACUCAAUGUGCCACUCAAUGAUGGGAUUGACGAUGAGAGUUAUAAAAACUUAUUUAGACCUAUCAUUCAGAAGGUUAUGGAAGUAUACCAGCCUGAAGCAGUUGUCUUGCAGUGUGGGGCAGACUCUCUUUCUGGUGACAGGCUAGGGUGUUUUAAUCUCUCGGUCAAAGGGCAUGCUGAUUGUGUGAGGUUUCUUAGAUCCUUUAAUGUACCACUGAUGCUUCUUGGAGGUGGAGGCUACACCAUUCGCAAUGUUGCUCGCUGCUGGUGCUAUGAGACUGCAGUUGCUGUUGGUGUUGAGCUCCAAGACAAGUUGCCAAUCAAUGAAUACUAUGAGUACUUUGGCCCUGAUUAUACACUUCAUGUUGGCCCCAGUAACAUGGAAAAUCAGAACUCUGCAAAGGAGCUAGCAAAGAUAAGAAAUACCUUGCUGGAGCAAUUAAAAAGAAUACAGCAUGUACCAAGUGUGCCAUUUCAGGAAAGACCUCCUGAUACUAAAUUUGCUGAAGAGGAGGAGGAAGAUUUGGAAAAGAGAACAAAAUCAAACAAGUGGGAUGCAGAAAGUCACAGUUCUGAAUCUGAAGACCAGAAACCUCAGAUUCAUUAUACAGAUGCAUCAGAGAAAGGUGUAGUUAGGAGACUGGUUUGCUCCCCAACCAAACAAAUUAAGUCAGGGGAAGAAAAUGGAAUUGGAGUAAUGAAUGGGUUCGACACUACAAAGUGGCCCCAAAUGGAUGGUACUUGAGGAAAAACCAGCUUGAAAGUUGGAACGAAACUGAUGAACUACUAUUUGUUUUCUGCAACUACAGGGAUCAAAAAGAUUUGAGAUUGGAAGAGUACAGGCAAAAUACGCUUUUUACGGAGAGUAGGCAUUCUGCAAGGUACUGUGGGUGCAGGAGCGUAUUGUCACAAAUUCUCCCCUCCUUGGAAGGUGUAACUUCGUGUUGCGAAGCGUUGGACAUAUCACUAUAUUAUAUUAGGAAAAGUUUACAAUAAGACCGUUUAUCUUUGGUACAAAUUGGUCACAAUUAAUCUUGACCAUUGGAUGUGAAAUCAGAUGGUUACAUUUAUUCUAUUGACCAAGUUUAAAUUUGAAAAUAAAUUUUUUCGAACUUUGUGUCACCCAAGCUAUACGAUUUUACAUCGGAUAGUUUGAACAUGCAAUGAUUUAAGAAGUAUAUAAUGUAAAUAUUUACUUUUGA